AUGUUGUAUUAAUUAAUUAAUUAUGCGAGAUCAUGAAGAAGAUGGGAAUUCAGAAGGCAACGGCGCGGCGGCAGAGGAGCUGAGCCCCAAUCUCUUCACAAAAUAUGAUCUUGGUAAACUCCUUGGGUGCGGAGCCUUCGCCAAGGUCUACCACGCCCGUGACCUCCGCACCGGCCAAAGCGUGGCUAUCAAAUCUAUCAACAAGCAGCGUAUUCAGAAAGGAAACCUAGCUGUUCACAUUAAACGGGAGAUCGUUAUCAUGCGCAGGCUGCGCCACCCCCACAUCGUGCGCCUCCACGAGGUCCUUGCUACCAAAACCAAGAUCUACUUCGUCAUGGAAUACGCCAAAGGCGGUGAGUUGUUUGCAAAGAUCGCCAAAGGUAGAUUUAGUGAAGAUCUCUGCCGCAAAUAUUUCCAGCAAUUAAUCUCUGCCGUCGAUUACUGCCACUCCCACGGCGUUUUCCACCGUGAUCUCAAGCCCGAAAAUCUGUUAUUAGACGAAAACUGGGACUUGAAAGUCACUGAUUUCGGACUCAGCGCUGUAACGGAUCAGAUCCAAACCGACGGUUUGCUCCAUACGUUGUGCGGUACUCCUGCUUACGUAGCACCGGAAAUCCUAGCUAAAAAAGGCUACGAUGGUGCUAAAGUUGAUGUGUGGUCCUGCGGAGUUAUUCUCUACGUUCUGAAUGCGGGAUAUCUACCCUUCAACGACACCAAUUUGAUGGCCAUGUACAGAAAAAUCUACAAAGGCGAAUUCCGUUGCCCUAAAUGGACCUCACCCGAUCUCAAGAGGUUUUUGACCCGCGUACUUGAUCCAAAUCCGAGCACCAGAAUCACGGUGCACGAGAUUCUGAGUGACCCGUGGUUCAACAAGGGGUACAAGGAGAUUAAGCAUCCAGUUGACAGGGACUUCGAAUUUAAGGAAUAUUCAGAAGCGCGUUACUUGAAUGCUUUUGACUUGAUCUCUUAUUCCUCCGGUUCAGAUCUCUCCGGUUUGUUCGGUAACAGUGGGAAUCGGAUCAAUUCUGAAAUGUUUGUGUCCGCUGAGUCGCCGGAGAGGAUAAUCGGAAGGUUUGAGUCCUUGGCAGAGGAGGAGGGUAUGGGGGUGGCAAAGAGGGGAUUGGGGGUGAGGUUGCAUGGGCAUAAUUGGAAAUACGUUCUCAUGGUAGAAAUCAACCGGUUAACGGAAGAACUGGUCGUAGUGGAGGUCAAAAGAAGUGGAUCUGGACGCGAUUUAUGGAAAGAGAAAUUCAAGCCGCGGCUGAAUGAUUUAGUUCAUAAACCUGACCUCCCCGCUGCAGGUAACUAGC